CUCCUCCUCCGCCUCCCUGAACACACCGGCUCGCAACCACCCACCCAGCCAGUCACCUCAAGUGCGACCGGCCGGCAGGAGCGGAGGCAAACAAACAGACACACAGAUCCCAGGGCAGCCAGGGCGAUCCUGCCGUGGGUUUUCUUUCUUGGGGCUCAGCACAGAGACACGGGAGCAGAAGAGGAGAAUGGGACGCCGGUGCUUGGAUCAGGACUGAGUCUGGUCGGCACAUUGAGAGCUCCUCCGACCCCCGUUAACAAGUCCUUUUCUCCCGGAUCAGAGUCACGUUUUCACCGCUGACACAAUGGGCUGCUGCAGCGGACGAUGCACACUCAUCUUUAUCUGCACUUUACAGCUGGUGUUGGCUUUAGAAAGACAGGUCUUUGACUUCCUGGGUUACCAAUGGGCCCCUAUUCUCGCCAACUUCUUCCACAUCAUCAUUGUCAUCCUUGGCCUCUUUGGCACCAUCCAGUACCGGCCGCGCUACAUUGUGGUGUAUACAGUAUGGGCCGCUCUGUGGGUGGCCUGGAACGUCUUCAUCAUCUGUUUCUACCUGGACGUAGGAGGCCUGUCCAAGGACAGUGACCUGCUGACAUUUAACAUCUCUGCCCAUCACUCUUGGUGGAGUGAACACGGGCCCGGCUGCGUGAGGAGAGAGAUGCCGCAGGCUCCAGGGGUCCGCACCACAGAGAGCCACUCCUACAUCACUGUCAUGGGCUGCCUCAUGGACUACCAGUACAUUGAGGUCGUGCAUAGCGGCACGCAGAUUCUCGUCGCUCUCCUGGGCUUCGUGUACGCCUGCUAUGUUGUCAGCGCCAUCACUGAGGAGGAGGACAGCUUUGAUUUUAUUGGUGGAUUUGACCCAUUCCCACUCUACCAUGUCAAUGAGAAACCAUCUCAUCUCCUCUUAAAGCCCAUGUAUCUGUCUACGUAAAUAAGAGAGCGUCCAGUGCGGAGGUGACACAGCGAAUUCCCACGGAGACAAAAUGGCUGUUGUGGCACAAACAUUUCAGUUCACUGGGACACGCCAGACAUUCCUCCCCCUCUUGAUUUCAGUACUUUAAACAUGUCAUUUACUGGUGUACUGCCAGGAAAAGCCACCACUUUUCAGUUAGGGUCCAUUGUUUUCCAGGGAGGGAUGACGGGUUCUGGGAAAGGGGGGAUUACAGUGCAACAAAGCCUCAUAUUGUGUGUUUAGGGAAAUAUCAAUCAUUUUCUUUGUAUGGAGUUCUCUGCUGAGGUCCCAUGGCUUUGACCUGCCCAUAAUGGUCUAAUACACCCCAUGAAAAUGACUGUAUAGAACAUGUACAGCAUAUAAAUACAUUGUGUGUGUAAUCAGGGACUGCCCCAGCUUUCCCAGUCUGUGGUCCUGUGUCUUAGAGGACUCAGUGAUUUAGCAUGUUAUUGCUGGUUUGGCUCAGAUCUUGGCCGGAGGGCUGAAUUACAGUGGAGCCCGUGGAAUGAGCUAUUGUGCGCUGCCUGUUUACUUUAGGCCAGGAUCUGUGUGCAUAAAUACACGAGCAAAGCAGGAAGAGGCAGGGGAGUGGAGAGGUAGAGGGUAGAGGGAGGGAGGGGAACAAAAGCACCAAACCUACAGGGGCAUCUGUCAAAAAUAGAAAAUGUAAAUAUCAAAACGGGGAGGGGGGGGGAUUUGGAUUUAGAGUUUGAAAUGUGAACUAUCAAGAACGCAAAGAGGUGUACAAACACAAGGAACAGCAUGUGAGUCUUACUUUUAUUUCUAGAGUCUUAUUAUUGCGACUAUUCUCACCAACAGCCAAGUCAGUAUUUCUGAAGUGUCACUGAAAGCUUUAUUUUCACUUCAGCUCUCCUCUAACUACCGACACAUCGAGCUCCUGACAGGGGUGAUCAUUACACGCUCUCAAGCAGAGGUCACACAGCAUAUUUUUAACUUCAGGAAAACAAUAGAAAUUGUUUUUACUAUUCACAUUGCAUACAGCAGUGUUGAGUUGUGACAUCUUCAGUGGAGGAAUAGCGUGGCCUGUACCUGAGUGAACCAGAGCGUUUGUCUCCUGUCAGUUCAACAGUGUAGAUUCUCAAUGGUGAUAGUCUCAGUUGUGAUUGUUUUAUAGCAUGUUUUUUACAGGGUUUGUAUUGUAAUUAUGUGUAUAACAUAUUAAGUAAAGACAAAAUAGCAAAACUGAUGUCUUCAACUGGUUUGCGUAUGAGCCGGUUAAACUGUAACUGAAAGCGUCUGCGGAGUAGUUUCCUACUCAGAUUGAUUUUAUUCUGACCCAGCAACAUUUUUAUUUGGACAAAAGAACACACACACACACACACACACACACACACACACA